AUGAUUUACGGUGGCCUCGGUUAUGAUACCAAGACUCAACUGAUGUACGCUGCGGCGUGGCUCACGCUGGGCUGGGGCGGAGGAUGUCUGGCACUAUUGGUCGUCGACAAGAUUCCACGUCCAAAGUUCAUUGGUUUUGGUCUCCUCGGGUGCCAGACAUGCCUCAUCAUUGAAGCCGCGCUCGUGGCCAACUUCGUGGAUACCCAGAAUUCGAAUGCUCUCAAGGCGGCUGUUGCAAUGUUGUUCAUCUUCGUAUUCAUCUACGAGUUUGCCAUGGACAGUGCCCAAUUCGUUUACUUGGGCGAGAUAUUCCCCACCCACAUCCGGGCAAAGGGAGUCUCGUUGGGUUGUGGCACACUGGCCUUGAUGAACGUAAUGUGGCUGUCUGUUGCUCCUACUGCCUUCGAGUAG